AUGUACAUGUCAAUAUGUGUGUGUGGGGAUGUACUUUGUUUGUUGUUUGAGAGGGCCCACAUUUUGAGCUUGUUCUUUCUCUCUGUUUGUCUGAUGUGCGUGUGUAGGUGGGGAACCCUAGCGUGGAGCUGACUCUGUCGGAGCUGCAGGAGAUGGCCACACGGCAACAGCAACAGAUCGAGGCCCAACAGCAGAUGCUGGUUGCCAAGGUACUAGGACACAGACAGGCACACAGACACUGCUGAUCAAUAAUAUACAGUACCAGUCAAAAGUUUGGACACACCUACUCAUUCCAGGGUUUUUCUUUAUUUUUUACGAUUUUCUACAUUGUAGAAUAAUAGUGAAGACAUCAAAACUAUGAAAUAACACAUAUGGAAUCAUGUAGUAACCAAAAAAGUGUUAAACAAAUCAAAAUAUAUUUUAUUUUUGAGAUUCUUCAAAGUAGCCACCGUUUGCCUUGACAGCUUUGCACACUCUUGGCAUUCUCUCAACCAGCUUCAUGAGGUAGUCACCUGGAAUGCAUUUCAAUUAACAGGUGUGCCUUGUUAAAAGUUAAUUUGUGGAAUUUAUUUCCUUCUUAAUGCGUUGCAAACGCCAUGCUCUACCAACUGAGCUACAUCCCUGCCGGCCAUUCCCUCCCCUACCCUGGACGACCCUGGCUAAUUGUGCGCCGCCCCAUGGGUCUCCCGGUCGUGGCCGGCUACGACAGAGUCUGGAUUCGAACCAGGAUCUCUAGUGGCACAGCUAGCACUGCGAUGCAGUACCUUACACCACUGCGCCACUCGGGACACUGCUUCCAGACUCCCAGCGUACACGUUACAAGCAAGAACAGCUCAAAUAAGCAAAGAGAAACGACAGUCCGUCAUUAAUUUAAGACAUGAAGGUCAGUCAAUACGGAACAUUUCAAGAUGCAAAAACCAUCAAGCGCUAUGAUGAAACUGGCUCUCAUGACGACUGCCACAGGAAAGGAAGACCCAGAGUCACCUCUGCUGCAGAGGAUACGUUCAUUAGAGUUAACUGCACCUCAGAUUGAAGCCCAAAUAAAUGCUUCUCAAGUUCAAGUAACAGACACAUCUCAACAUCAACUGUUCAGAGGAGACUGUGUGAAUCAGGCCUUCAUGGUCGAAUUGCUGCAAAGAAACCACAACUAAAGGACACCAAUAAUAAGAAGAGACUUGCUUGGGCCAAGAAACACGAGCAAUGGACAUUAGACUGGUGGAAAUCUGUCCUUAGGUCUGAUGAGUCCAAAUUUGAGAUUUUUGGUUCCAACCGCCAUGUCUAUGUGUGACGCAGAGUAGGUGAAUGGAUGAUCUUCGCAUGUGUGGUUCCCACCAUGAAGUAUGGAGGAGGAGGUGUGGGGGUGCUUUGCUGGUGACGCUGUCAGUGAUUUAUUUAGAAUUCAAGGCACACUUAACCAGGACGGCUACCACAGCAUUCUGCAGCGGGACUAUCACUGUUUUUCAACAGGACAAUGACCCAAAACACACUUCCAGGCUGUGUAAGGGCUAUUUGACCAAGGAGAGUGAUGGAGUGCUGCAUCAGAUGACCUGGCUUCCACAAUCACCCGACCUCAACCCAAUUGAGAUGGUUUGGGAUGAGUUGGACUGCAGAGUGAAGUAAAAGCAGCCAACAAGUGCUCAGCAUAUGUGGGAACUCCUUCAAGACUGUUGGGAAAGCAUUCCUCAUUAAGCUGGUUGAGAGGAUGCAAAAAGUGUGCAAAGCUGUCAUUAAGGCAAAGGGUGGCUACUUUGAAGAAUCUCAAAUAUAAAAUAUAUUUUGAUUUGUAUAACAUUUUGUUUGGUUACUACAUGAUUCCAUAUGUGUUAUUUCAUAGUUUUGAUGUCUUCACUAUUAUUCUACAAUGUAGAAAGUAGUAAAAAUAAAGAAAAACCCUGGAAUGAGUAGGUGUGUCCAAACUUUUGACUGGUACUGUAUAUAAACAAUAAACAUAAUAUUAUUAUCAACCUCACAGUGAUAGACCUCCCUUCCAACCAGGAACCAUCUUGACCUCACAUUCAGAAAACCCACUGGUGGUGUCUAUAGCUUUAGAGGUCUCUGAGAUGUCUGGCCAUUUCUGUUAUGUUGAGUGAUUGGGAUGGAAUGCUUUGGGUAAGAGUGAAUGAUCCUGGUUCCUCUCUAGGAUUUUCCAGACCAUUGUACUUCUGCUUCUGCUUGAUUUUUGAUUGGUUGAUUGGAUGGGAUGUAGUUCACACAUGGUCUGUUGUUGAUCUGGUCACAUGUGCUGUGGCCAGCUUGUUGUGGUCUCUGUGGUCAUUUAAACACAUCAAGCAGGUCCUAGAUCAUCUUGUGUGUGAUGAUGUGUUCAGUCACUAUCUAGGUACAGGGUCAUGGUUACUAAGGUCAGUAUGGUCAUUGUGUGAGGUGGCAGCAUGCGUUGCCAGGGACAACGAGCAGGGACAACAACAGGAAGGGAAUAGAUGUCCGGCAGGAAAUGAGGUCAGCAGUGAGCAGCCAGCUGCUGGGAAGGAAGUGGGCUGUCUCAAGGAGAGGAGAGGAGGGAGAGGAACCUAUAUUUUACCACACGCAACAUACUGGAAACUCUAAUUCAGCACCAGUAAAGCAUUUACCUGAGACAUCAGGGGAUAACUAGUCACGUAUUCUUUAGUAUUUUAUUGAUAAUCACAUUUCCUAUGUAGAUCCGAUUGUGGAUUAGGUUUUGACUUUCUCAGUCUGAAGGUAAAAAUGACUGUUUGUUUUAUUAUGGGGCUGAGGAAACACUGUGGAUGUUUCAACGUUGUCUAUCCUAUAAGAAGCCAUGAUGCCUUUUUCUGUGUUGAUGAUUUUGAUGAUUAGGGUAAUACUGGUGAUGCGGUGGACUACUAGAGGUUUAAUGAAGCUUAUAUGACUGUAUAAGCUACAUACACGUGUCAGUAUGGGAAUGUUUUAUUUGUUCACUGUAUUAACAGUGUGAAUUAAUGUGUGUGAUUAGCUGUGAUUUUGGGUGUUUGCAUUGAGUGGGUUACUGCUCUCAUUUUGUCCUUCUAUUGAACAGUGGAUUGUGUUUAGUCAACUCUGUCUCUCUCUCCGUCAGAACCUGCAUUGUGUUUGCUCAUUCUAGAGCAGACCUGAAAAUGCUUCAGUCAGCACCACAUAGCCUUGCAAUCCCUUUUAUUCACUCUCUCAUUCACAUACUGAUUUGUUUUUCACUCAUUCAAUCACUCCACUACUUGUGUGUAUUUGGUAUGUAUGGAUUUGCUUAUCGUUAUUUAGAUUAUCUAUAUAUGUAAUUUGCAGGGCUGGUAUUUUUUGUAUUGAAGAAAACAUGUAUUGGCAGUAAAGCCCUUUAACUAUUUUGAAUAGAGAAAAAUGGUUUGUGUAUUCUCUCUUCUCUGCGGAUCUGUGUGCUUAGGUCCACUGAGUUAGCUGAAUUAGAUUACAUUUGCUGUGUGUCUCUUGUUCCCUGUUUUCUCAAUGCUUUUUAUUACGUUCUUUCUCUUUUCACUCUAUUUUUCCUUUAACAUCUCCUUCCUUUUCAUCCUUUGUUCCUUUCAGCUCUCUUCUGUGAGAACUGAGGUGUGUGGCUGUGUAGUAUGUGUGAAAGUUAUUUCUAAAAGCAGGUCAUUGUUAUGUGUGUGUGUUUUCGAAUAUGUGUGUGUGUGUGUGUCAGUGUGUGUAAUUUUAUCCGUCAUUGCACUGUGUCUGAAUGAAGUGGAGGAAUGCUUGCACUACAUUUGACCUCCCCACAUCUGUAACUCAUUGUUCCCUUCUGUCCCUCCUUCAACGCUCCCCUCCUCUCCCCUCCUCUCCUCUCCCCUCCCCUCCUCUCAGGAGCAGCGUCUGAGGUACCUGAAGCAGCAGGACCACACACAGGGCCAGACAGUGUCGGAGGCUGAGAAGCUGCAGAGGUUGAAGGAGCGAGUGGAGUGUCAGGAGGCCAAACUAAAGAAGAUCCGCGCCAUGAGGGGCCAGGUGGACUACAGCAAGCUCAUCAAUGGCAACCUGUGUAAGCAAUGCUCCAAUCACAUACACACAUGCUUGCACGCACGCACACACACACGUACGUGCACACACACACUGCCCUGUUAAUGUGGUGGAAGUAGAAUCUGGGCUCCGUUCAGCUGUCCAUGAUGUCAUCUCUUUCCUUAGUUCUGUCAGUGAGCCUGGAAUCUGACCCUCCCCAUGUUGUGGUCUGGAACUGGGUGUGUCUGGGUGUUGACAGGAGUUCUCUGGAUGUCUUAAAGUCCCCAUGGUCAUACUGUAGCAGUGUCCUGUUCUGUAUAACGUCCAAGGCUGCACCCUGCCUGCCACACACUGAUACUGAUACUCCACAGGAAGAGGAGUUGUCCAUCCAGUCCACAACGUUCCAAUACACUAUACUCACUCUUCUCUUACACAGCAUCAGACUCAAAGCAUAUGUUUUGAUUUCUCCCCAACACACACAUAAUACAUAGUUACUGAUAUUAGUGAAUUGCGUCCCCUCUCCUCUCCCCAUGCAGCGGCUGAGAUCCAGCAUGUGAGUGGGCUGUUCCAGGAGAAGCAGGCAGAGCUGCAGUCAGCUGUGGUGAAGGUGGACCAGCUCACCCAGCAGCUGGAGGACCUGAGGAGGGGACGUCUCAACGGCCUGCAGCCCCUGGGAGGACCUCUCACUGGCACCGCCGCCCUGGAGCUACGCAAACUUUACCAGGAACUACAGGUACAUUUCCUGAAGAAAAUGUGUGCUUGCUUCAGCCAUUUCAAAUUAUAUUUUCGGUAGUACAUUUACAUUUUAGUCAUUUAGCAGACGCUCUUAUCCAGAGCAAUUGGGGUUAAGUGCCUUGCUCAAGGGCACAUCAACAGAUGUUUCACCUAGUUGGUUUGGGGAUUCAAACCAGCAACCUUUUGGUUACUGGCCCAAUGCUCUUAACCACUAGGCUACCUGCCGCCCCACAAGUACUGCAAGUAGUGUACAGAAGUAAACAUUUUAUCACAACACCACUAGAUUAUGAUGACACAAAGUCAUGCAGAGAGAUCAGUUUGACGUGACACGUGUUUUUACGUAAUAAAUCAAGAAAUUACACUAUAUAAAGUAAUGACACUUCAGAUUCAUAUUUUGGUUCCAGAUUAUGUCAUGAAAUUACACUUCAGAUUAAUAUUUUUUGGGGAAAUUCCAAAUUACAUCAUCCAGCUGCAGAUCAGAUGAGAGAGAGGAGAUUAGAGUCAGGCUGACAUUUUCAUUUUGAAGGACAUUUGCGUCGGAGUAUAAUAGAUGUCCAGUUUUGGCGUGACUCUGCCAUGCCCCCAACGCGCACACACGCCCACUCAUGCACAUACACGCAUACACAUUCCCCAUCCAUCUGCCCCCUGGUGUGACUCACAGCCAUGCCCUUCCUUGUUGUCUCUGUCAGGUGCGUAACAAGCUGAACGCGGAGCAGAAUGGCAGGCUACAGCAGAACAAGGAGCUGCUGAAUAAGCGCAACACAGAGGUGACCAUGAUGGACAAGCGCAUCUGGGACCUCCGCGAGCGCCUGCACAAGAAAAAAGCUGAGGCACGUCAAAAAGAGGACAACCCUGUAAGACCAGGAAGGAACUCUCACAAGCUCACCAAAGAUACUCAAUAGAUGUCAAUACUCAAUACCUUUGUGUUCCCAGAGAUACUCAAUCUAUCUCAAUACUCACUACCUUUCUGUUCCCACUCACUCUCACACUCAGACCACCAGCGCACAUACAGUAGCAUAGCACACCUACAUACUGCACUGUACAGUGCCUAGUGAAAGUACUCACAGUUUUCACAUUUUGAUGCCUUAAAACAAGAGUUUUGUGCUUUCCAAAUUUAAGCCAACAAAAUGCUAAUAAUUUCACUAGGCACUGUUUAUACAUACACUGCUCAAAAAAAUAAAGGGAACACUUAAACAACACAAUGUAACUCCAAGUCAAUCACACAUCUGUGAAAUCAAACUGUCCACUUAGGAAGCAACACUGAUUGACAAUACAUUUCACAUGCUGUUGUGCAAAUGGAAUAGACAACAGGUGGAAAUUAUAGGCAAUUAGCAAGACACCCCCAAUAAAGAAGUGGUUCUGCAGGUGGUGACCACAGACCACUUCUCAGUUCCUAUGCUUCCUGGCUGAUGUUUUGGUCACUUUUGAAUGCUGGCGGUGCUUUCACUCUAGUGGUAGCAUGAGACGGAGUCUACAACCCACACAAGUGGCUCAGGUAGUGCAGCUCAUCCAGGAUGGCACAUCAAUGCGAGCUGUGGCAAGAAGGUUUGCUGUGUCUGUCAGCGUAGUGUCCAGAGCAUGGAGGCGCUACCAGGAGACAGGCCAGUACAUCAGGAGACGUGGAGGAGGCCGUAGGAGGGCAACAACCCAGCAGCAGGACCGCUACCUCCGCCUUUGUGCAAGGAGGAGCAGGAGGAGCACUGCCAGAGCCCUGCAAAAUGACCUCCAGCAGGCCACAAAUGUGCAUGUGUCUGCUCAAACGGUCAGAAACAGACUCCAUGAGGGUGGUAUGAGGGCCCGACGUCCACUGGUGGGGGUUGUGCUUACAGCCCAACACUGUGCAGGACGUUUGGCAUUUGCCAGAGAACACCAAGAUUAGCAAAUUCGCCACUGGCGCCCUGUGCUCUUCACAGAUGAAAGCAGGUUCACACUGAGCACAUGUGACAGAGUCUGGAGACGCCGUGGAGAACGUUCUGCUGCCUGCAACAUCCUCCAGCAUGACCGGUUUGGCAGUGGGUCAGUCAUGGUGUGGGGUGGCAUUUCUUUGGGGGGCCGCACAGCCCUCCAUGUGCUCUCCAGAGGUAGCCUGACUGCCAUUAGGUACCGAGAUGAGAUCCUCAGACCCCUUGUGAGACCAUAUGCUGGUGCGGUUGGCCCUGGGUUCCUCCUAAUGCAAGACAAUGCUAGACCUCAUGUGGCUGGAGUGUGUCAGCAGUUCCUGCAAGUGGAAGGCAUUGAUGCUAUGGACUUGCCCGCCCGUUCCCCAGACCUGAAUCCAAUUGAGCACAUCUGGGACAUCAUGUCUCGCUUCAUCCACCAACGCCACGUUGCACCACAGACUGUCCAGGAGUUGGCGGAUGCUUUAGUCCAGGUCUGGGAGGAGAUCCCUCAGGAGACCAUCCGCCACCUCAUCAGGAGCAUGCCCAGGCGUUGUAGGGAGGUCAUACAGGCACGUGGAGGCCACACACACUACUGAGCCUCAUUUUGACAUUACAUCAAAGUUGGAUCAGCCUGUAGUGUGGUUUUCCACUUUAAUUUUGAGGGUGACUCCAAAUCCAGACCUCCAUGGGUUGAUACAUUUUUGUGUGAUUUUGUUGUCAGCACAUUCAACUAUGUAAAGAAAAAAGUAUUUAAUAAGAUUAUUUCAUUCAUUCAGAUCUAGGAUGUGUUGUUUAAGUGUUCCCUUAAUUUUUUUGAGCAGUAUAUUUAGGGAGUUGGUUUCUCUCUGUCUCUUUGCAAUUCUCUGUAAUCUACAGAAGAUCAUUGUGAUUUUAACCACUGUGAAAGUAUAGCUGACAUUCUAUUUCCCGUCUUUCUCUCUCCACUCCACAGCUUAACAGGAUAAAUGGGCCUCCCUCCCCCCAGCCCACCCCCAGCAGCUCAGGGCGCGUGGCCGCGGUGUGUCCCUACAUCCAGGUCCCCGUCCCAGGCAGACAGGAGGGGGGCUACGCUCUGCCCCCAGACCCCCUAAAACCACAGUCUGUCCCUGGGACUGGCACCAUCAACCAUGGCCGCUCCAAAUCAGGUCAGUCCCUGCUCCACACUCCACAGCUUUACCUACUUUAUCACUCUCAAACUACUGACUGUCAGACUAUAUCAGUCUAUUUAGGACACCUUUGUUGAUCUUAUCUCGACAAUCGUGAGAUUGCUAUGGAGGAGGUGGUAGAGGAUUUUAGUUCAGAGUGGUAGCAGCACAUAACACCUCUGAGCAGAUAUUUCAAUUCUAAACUCGUCAUAUUUUUCAGUUAUCUGGCUCAGCUUUCUCUAACUUCCUGUCCUCUCUAUUCUCUCAUGUCUGUCUGUGGACCUCUUCUUCUCCUUCCCUUACUUGUAUCGUCUUUUCCCGCUGUUGUUGUCACGGUUAUUGUUGUUGUUGUUGAUGUUGUUGUUGUGACCAUGGCGUGCGUGGUGGUCUCGGCUCAGCAGAGGAGGAGGGGUGCGGUGUGAGGAAGCCCUCCGGCCAAUGGAAGGUCUCAGAUUUAGACAUCAUAGUGGACCCCGUGGAGCUGAGAGAGGGGCCCCGGUCCCCCUCAGGGGCCCACGGUGCCAACAGUGAGUCUGCAGCCAGGGGCCAGGGCAGCAGAAGGAGAGGGGCUUCAGUAGCAAGGCCCGAUAUCAACAACAGGCCUUAAACAUACAUUCUGAUAGUUAUGUACAUGCAUGUAUAAUAUAGUUCUAACUUCUACCUAAAACUAAUUCCACAGCCUUCCUUUCCCUUCUUUUAUACAUAAAUGAAAUAUAUACAUUGAGUGGGGCCUCAAUAACAAGGCCCUAUAUCAACUACAAAACAUAGGAUAACAUAGAACAUCUACCUAAAACUAAUGCCACAUCCUUCCCUCCUUACAUGAAACAUGUAGCUACAGGUUGAAUCAUUAUGUAACUAUUUUGUUCAUCUUCAGUAGGCCUACUAUGAGGUCCCAUUCCUUUCCCGUCUAGAAAAUCUAUUUAUUUAUAUUGGAAUUUAAUGUUAUUGUGUCAAUAUUUGUAGCCAAAAAUACCACGGUCAGUCUAAACGACCUCUAUUGAAUAAGGGGAAAUGGUUAGGCAACAUGGUUUAUUUGUAUGGACAAAAAUAGAUCCAUGACAUUAGAGAAGAGGUUACUGAUGCAUUGUUCUCCACCUCUAUGAAUGUAACAAUUCAAACAGGACUCAUGUAGAGAGAGGAAUGAUGUGUCCUCUUUGAUGGACUUGUUCUGCACCUGAAAUGGCAUACUAUUCCCUAUAUUGUCCACUUUAUUUGACCAGAGCUCUAUGUGGGCCCUGGUCAAAACUAUUGCUCUAUAUAGGGAAUAGGGUGCCAUUUCAGGCGCAGCCUUAGAUGAUGUAGCACCUCUAGUGCUCACCUUUAAUAGGACUGGGCAUUUGUAAUGUUUGAAAGGGAGAGUAGCAGUGGCUUAGUUGGCACAGACACUGCAAUAGGUUUAAUAGGAAGCCUGGCAGGCAGACAGACAGGAUGCAGGGAAUAGUUUACCUCCAGACAGUGCAGGAAAGACUGAGUGAGAGAAGAGAGGGAGAGGGAGUGCGAGAGAGAUCCUCUUGGAGGGAUAGACAUUCUCUAAUCUCUUUAACCUGAUCUAAACCGGAUCAGAAACGGGGACAGGACCAAAAUACACCCAGCACAUACUCCUUGUAUUAGAACUGACCCUGUGUCCCUCAGGUCAGUCUGUCCUGCACUAUAGGUAUGGAUGUCAUCCUGUUCCUGUACUGUACCAGUCUGUAUGAGACUAAUCUCUAGUGGACAGACUACAUAAACAUAAAUGGUACCGUAGAUCUGUCAUGAUGCAACGGGAUGCGCGAGAUAGCGAGCAGCAUUAGUUCCGGUGCUUUGGGCAAAUCGCGAUUUCGCAGGUGUUAGCAUCUUUCGAAUUUUGGAAGGGGAGGGGACAUUUGGACUGUAACUUGCAGAGAGAGAGAGUGGAGCUCUUCGUUCCAAUCCUCAUUUGAUCUCUUCUCUUAACACGUAUGGACCCAGGACUUAAUUGAGCAUCUGACCAACUAUGCAAGACUUUAGUUCUGGGUUAACCGAGAGGCAAAGAGAGCAACGUGAAAUAGAAAUGGAAACGUAUUAGCUACAGGUACUAGUUCUUCAAAUACACAGUGUUUUGUGAGUAACUGUAUUUUCUGUUGCUCAUUUAGACUACCGUCAACAUUCUAUCGAUCACUUCUCGAGACAACUGGAAUAGCACAGCCAAUCAUCCACCAACCUUUAUACUGAAACACAAACUACUUGUCCUGCUGUCUUUCCCCCCCCUCUUUUACCUCUUGCCUUUCUCACUCAAUCCCUCUCUUCUCUACCCCUCCUGUAGCCAAUGAUGCAGUGUGGCCCACCCUGAGUAAAAGUGUCUCCUCGCGCCAACCUUCAGAUUGGAGGAACACCAGCCCAGACCAGGUGAGAUCCCUACUUCACCUCCCACUACUACAGUCAUUGAGUACAUCUUAAUAGUCUAAAGUGGCUUCCUAUCAUCAUUUCAUCUCCUUCACCUGCACUGUUAUUCAAUAACUAACCAUGAAAAGCAAAUUCCUGGUAGGCAUUCUGCACCAUUUUGCUUUCACAGACCCUGUUUUCUCAGAUCAAUAAGGAGAAGGAGAAGGAGAGGACACAAGUAGAGAAACCACUUUAGACUAUUGAGACGCAGCCAUUCACGUUUUGCUCUUUCACACAUUCCUUGGACUCUCUCCUUCGUACUGUCCUACAUGGACAUCUAUCUAACUGGUUCACUGUGUUUCCCUCCACAGAGCCUUGACUCCAGUAAACUACCAGGAGGAUCUGUGUCCAAACCACCACCCAUCUACGGGACUUACCCUGCACCUACUGGCCACCCGUCUAUAGUCUGCUCUACCAGCUCCCUGCCCAGGUCUGCCCCUGCUACCUUAGCCUGGCAGCGCUCAGCCCCAACCCCAGCACCUCCUGGUUCCUCCUCCCAGCAGAUCCAGCAGCGUAUCUCUGUCCCCCCCAGCUCUACACCCCAGUCGGGCCAGGGGGAGAGGCCUGACCCCCCACUGGCUGUGGCUGUGAGGCCCUACGUCCCAGACAGGUCCUCCUCCAGGCCUCAGUCCCCCAGGAAGGGCCCUGCCACCAUGAACUCCUCCUCCAUCUACCACAUGUACCUGCAGCAGCCUGCAGCCAAGAGCUACCCAGUAGGAGGCAGGUCUGCUGUCAAAGCAGGUAAACCCCUGAAUAGAUAAACAUUAUAUUUUGUAAAGGGUCAGUCAGACCUGGGUUCUAAUAGUAUUUGAUUUCCUUCAAAUAAUUAAUCUGCACUUGAUUGCACUUGCCUGGUACAGUAGGACCAAUGUAAUAGUCCCAAAAGUGCAAACCCAUUUGAACCCUGAUUCAGAUAACGCUUGACUUUCCUGUUGGGUCUCAAUCGGUAUGGUCCUAUAAUAAUAUCUUUAUCUCCUUUUGUUUGUAGUGUAUGGGAAACCAGUGCUUCCCUCCAGCACCUCUCCCUCCCCUGUGCCCUUCCAACACGGGGCCCUGUCCCCAGGAGGAGGCCUGGGAGGUGGAGAGGACAUGGUGGGCAGGGAAGGGGAGACCACAGAGGGUAGACGCCUACCCCCUCCCAGUGUGGAGAACAUCCCGCGGCCCCUGAGCCCCACCAAGCUGACCCCGGUGGCCCACUCCCCGCUGCGUUACCAGAGUGAUGCCGACCUGGAGGUCCUGCGCCGGCGGUUGACCAACGCACCGCGCCCGCUGAAGAAACGCAGCUCCAUCACAGAGCCAGAGGGCCCCACUGGACCCAACAUCCAGAAGCUCCUGUACCAGCGCUUCAACACCCUGGCCGGAGGCAUGGAGGGCAGCAACAACACGCCGUUCUACCAGCCUGUCUUCAUGGGUGGUGUCCUGGGAUGUCCUGACAUGGACAACAUCAACACUGCUAAUGGGAACCUGAUGGAGACCGCCUCCCUGGUGGUCACUGCAGCAGAGGGUCCCAAUUCAGACCAUCGCCUGUCCCCUUCCUCUGACUCCAAUGAGAAUCAGCAGCAGAGGACACCCCCACCCAGUGAGACCAUUCCCUGCUUGCCCACCCCCCAGCCCAGCCUGGAAGACAACAACAACAACCAGCCUGGUCCUACCACCACCAGCACCACCUCCCCUCCAAGGCCCAUCCCUGAGGCCUCGUCCCCCCAGCAGAAAGACACCUCUCCCCGGACUGUCACACCCCCGGCACUGCCUAAGGUAAGCCUGCCGAACUACAGCUCCAUAAUGUAACAGCAUGCUUCCUUUUUGUAUGUCAUAAUUCAUAGGGUCCAGAGUUUCUCCUGGUCAGGUCACAUGGUAAGCAAAAACUCCUUGAAAAAAAGAAAGUAAUGACUGUAACUCUGACUCAUGUUAGAGUUGCCAUCAGAGUUGCAGACAUUACUUUCUUCACAUUAGACAGAGAGUAACUCCCCUUUCUCUGUCUCAGCAGAUCAAGAGGACUAACCUGAAGAAGCCUGAGUCAGAGCGGACAGGCCACGGGCUGCGGGUCAAGUUCAACCCCCUGGCUCUGCUACUGGACGCCUCUCUGGAGGGAGAGUUUGACCUGGUGCAAAGGAUCAUCUAUGAGGUAAUCAUAGGCUCUUCAAUUCAAUUCAAACUUUAUUAUCCCAGAAGAUAAAUGAACUGUGUUGAGUCUUCUUAUUUUAUGUACCACAGACUGUCAGCCUGUGAGGGAUUUCAAACUGACUUCUAAAUCGUCUGCUCUUUUAACAUUUUAAGGGCUUUUGUGACAACUGUUGAUGUAAAAAGGUCUUUAUCAUUCUUAUUUAAUUGAAUAAUGAAAUGUGAUUGAUUGACCAUUUCCCCCAUGCAGGUUGAGAACCCCAGCACAGCCAAUGACGAGGGCAUCACCCCCUUGCACAAUGCUGUAUGUGCUGGACAUCACCACAUCGUCAAGUUCCUGCUCGACUUUGGGGUUAACGUCAACGCUGCUGACAGCGAUGGAUGGUGAGGACAAACACUGUUUAAAACCUGCUGUGACCAUUUUCUUUACCUUCCUCUUUCACUUGAUCUUUUCUAUUUCUUUCUCUUUUACUUUAGCUUUGCUCACCUGCAUUGAAAAUGGUCAAGACUACACAAUGUCUCCAUGAACGUCUCUCUUUUUGUGUCCGUCAUAUUUCCAGGACCCCACUACACUGUGCGGCCUCCUGUAACAGUGUGCAUCUCUGUAAGAUGCUGGUGGAGUCAGGGGCGGCCAUCUUUGCCACCACCAUCAGUGAUGUGGAGACAGCGGCUGAUAAGUGUGAGGAGAUGGAGGACGGAUACACACAGUGUUCCCAGUUCCUCUACGGUGAGUGGUGUUAUAUAGAGAGACAUGUGGCUCCUGUCCACAAAGAACCCAUAGCCCUUACACCCUACACUCUUGUGUACAUCUGUGGGGCUUAAAACAACUCCCAACCCUACAGCCUACACUCUAGGCACUCAUGCUAGGAUAUGUAGAAUUGGAUAGGUAUAAGCAAUAUGGCGAAAGCUCCACCUAAGGGGUGGGAAACUCCAGUCCUCAGGGUCCUGAUUGGUGUCACACUUUCCCCCCAUCCCUAGCAAACACAGCUGAUUCAACUAAUUGCAUUUUAAACGGAAGAUCAUGAUUAGUUUAUUAUUGGUAUCAGGUGUGCUAGCUGGGGCAAAAGUGUGACACCAAUCAUAACCUAUCUGAAGGCUAGGUGAAGUUCCAACUUUAUUGUUCGGCGAGGGUUUUCUGGACAGGGCAAUGGUUUUGUGUCAGGAAGGUUCAAUAGUGUUUCCAUGUGAACUGUGAAGUGACCCUCUUCCCCUCUAUCCGUCCCCCAGGGGUGCAGGAGAAGCUGGGUGUGAUGAAUAAAGGGUCAGUGUACGCGCUGUGGGACUACGAGGCCCAGAGCUCAGACGAGCUGUCCUUCCACGAGGGAGACGCCAUUACCACUCUGAGUCGCAGGGACGACGCUGAGACAGAGUGGUGGUGGGCCAGACUACAUGACAAGGAGGGAUACGUGCCACGCAACCUGCUAGGGGUAAGGCCAGCCACCAUGAUGGAUAUAACUAUGGUCUGAAUCACCAGGAUGUUAAUAUCAUAGAGAUCCUAUAAUUCUGUGAUUAAGGUGGUGUAUUUAUGCUUAUAUACUAUGUAUAUAGAUGUCCCCAAUCUUGUUUGAAAUGACAUGUUAAUUAAAUGUUAGUUGAAAUUGGAUAGGAUCUUUAACCCAAAUGACAGAAGUGGCAUCUCAAAAUAUUUGUAAUAAAUCCUAUGUUGUGACAUGACACCCCCUGCUGUAUCUGCCUGUAUAAGCUGAAUUUCCUUGAUCUGAAAAUAAAAUGAACAAUAACGUUUUCUUCUUCUUACAGUUGUAUCCAAGGAUCAAGCCUAGACAACGUUCUCUGGCAUAGAGAAGACGGUGCACGUUGCUGAGAAGAUAGUGCACGUUGUUGUGCUGGGACUGGGCUCAGAGCUGGAGCUGACUAGACUUGCAGAGAGUGGCAGCGCCGGGACAGUGCCCUCUCUCUGUGUCAGUCUGUGCCACCCCAGAACAAAGAACAAGGGCCAGGGCAUGGACAGAGUGGCCCAUAUCCGGACAGACAGACAGGCUCAGUAUUGGUGGUCACUUACUAAAUAGGAAGAAGAGCCAGCAUACACCACCCGGAGAUCCCUGUCUGGAUUUUCAAAGUUUCGCUUUUCUCCCCGACAAAGCUGACUUUUUCCUCAUUGGUUCAUGAAGCAAUGAAGCACCAUUUUUACUAUUUUUUUUUACGACUCCCACCGCCCUGCCACCACCCCCUCAUUCAGCGAAUACUCUGGGUCUGGGCUUCCCCUUCCCUCUCACUCAGUGGUUUUCUCCUGUGUGUCAGUCGAGUAAGGACUUGAAUGUGAUAAUCUCAGAGAAGGGAGCAGAGGACAGGACAGAGGCAGUCAUGAGUUAGUGAAUAUGUGUUUGAACUAAGUGCUAUUAGAUGAAGAUGGACAGUUACCCUGGAAGUCAAAUCUUCAGGGUUUCAGUGGAGGAAAGAAGGCAAGAGAUAAGAGAAUGUUUUUACGAGGAAGAACAGGAAGAAAAGUGACAGAAGGUGUUAUUGAACGACUUUGAAGGCUGGUUAAAGCUACUGAAAGAGAUGUGGAAUGUUUAAAACAGUCAUACAAUGUUGGUGUUAUUUUUGUGAACCAAAAUGUGUUCUGAAGGAAUGAGUGGAAGAGGUAGUGCUGGGAUGGGAAAGUGAGAGGUGCAGCAUUUUCUUCUACAGAUACAAUAACUAUGAAGCUAACUAUGGGUGUGAAUUGAAACUAAGCUCAUCAAACACUCAUAGGCCUACAGUAUAUAAAUGCUUUAUCACCCAAACAGGAGGUCUAUAGUUAGGAUCUCUCUUUUGGAGUUUGUAUUCAUAUUGAGUUAAAUUCAGGCAGAAGUUUGUACAUUGUGUUAUUUCCCCUAUUUUUGUUUCAGGUUGGUUGUUGUCUAUUUAAUACCCAUCAUGCAAAUUAAUACACAAUUUGAUCACUGAGUAUAGCCUACCUGUUGACUGACGCUGGCUUGAUUUACUGGUUGUGUAUUACAGUCUGCUGUAUGGAUGGGUUAUUAUGUGACAUACAAAACAAACACCUAUCAAUAUGCCCCAUGAAAUGUAAAUGUACACAAUAAAUAAUGAUUUCCCU